GCACUGGUUGCCCCCCAGUAACACCGGGGGCCGCGAUGACGUCCUCUACGUUGUCACCUGCGAACAAUGUCUACCCGACCAGAUGGAGUGCCAGCCUUGUGACGCCAGCAUCCACUUCUCGGAAAACCCACGCCACCUCAAGGCCACCGCCUUGACCGUCAGCGGCCUGGAGCCUCAUCUCAAUUACACGUUUACGGUGGAGGCGCGGAAUGGGGUGUCGCGCACCAAGACGGUGGGGACCCACGCGACUCUGCGCGUCAGCCUCAAUCAGACCGAGCCCCCAAAGGUGACCUCCGUCAACAUGGACAGUCGAAGCAAGACGUCCCUGAGCCUGUCCUGGUCGGUGUCCCCUCGCCAACAGAGCCGCGUCUUGAAGUAUGAACUGGCCUACAACAAAAAGAAUGACGAGAACAGCUACUCUGUUCACCGAUGUGACGGCAACUCCGUGAUCAUUGAGAAGCUUGUGCCGGGCACGACCUACGUGGUGCGAGUUCAGGCCCAGACGGUGGAAGGUGCCGGCACCUACAGCAUGGAGUAUGAGUUUGACACCCUCCCAGCAGAACCCGAAGGAGCCAACCAAGCUGCCAUCAUCGGGGGAGCUGCAGCCGGUGUGGUCAUCGUUCUUCUACUGAUCGGUUUCGUCGUCUUUGUACACCGGACGCGAAGAAACGGGCGUUUGCGACAAUCUGGAGAUGAUGUGUACUUUUCUAAAUCUGCAGAAGUGAAGCCCCUGAAGACAUAUGUGGACCCUCACACCUAUGAAGACCCCAACAAGGCCGUGCUGAAGUUUACCACGGAGAUUCCCCCCAAUGCUGUCACUCGGCAGAAGGUGAUCGGAGCAGGGGAGUUCGGAGAAGUCUAUAAGGGGAACCUGAAGCUGCCGGGGAAGAAGGAGAUUCCGGUGGCCAUUAAAACGCUGAAAGCUGGCUACACCGAAAAGCAGCGGAUCGAUUUCCUGAGCGAGGCCAGCAUCAUGGGCCAGUUCUGUCACCACAACAUCAUCCGUCUGGAAGGCGUGGUCUCCAGAUAUAAGCCGAUGAUGAUCAUCACGGAACACAUGGAGAAUGGAGCUCUGGACAAAUUCCUUAAGGACAACGAUGGAGAGUUCAGCCCCAUCCAGCUGGUCGGCAUGCUGCGCGGAAUCGCCGCCGGCAUGAAGUAUCUGUCGGAGAUGAACUACGUCCACCGCGACCUCGCCGCUCGGAACAUUCUGGUGAACAGCCAGCUGGUCUGCAAAGUCUCAGACUUCGGCCUCUCUCGGGUUUUGGAGGACGACCCCGAAGCCACGUACACCACCAGCGGAGGGAAGAUUCCGAUCCGAUGGACCGCCCCUGAGGCCAUCUCCUACCGGAAGUUUACCUCCGCCAGUGACGUGUGGAGUUACGGCAUAGUCAUGUGGGAGGUGAUGUCAUACGGCGAACGCCCUUACUGGGAGAUGUCCAAUCAGGAGGUCAUGAAGGCCAUUAACGAAGGUUUCCGCCUGCCGGCCCCCAUGGAAUGCCCCUCCGCCAUCUACCAGCUGAUGAUGCAAUGCUGGCAGCAGGAGCGAAACCGGCGGCCGAAGUUCCCGGACAUCGUCAGUAUCCUGGACAAGCUGAUCCGAGCCCCCGAAUCUCUGAAGACUAUGGCCGACUUUGACCCAAGAUUGACAAAGGGCCCUCUGACCCGUGACUCCGCCCUCUCUCCGCAGAAUCUCCAUCCGGUUGCCCAGCACCAGCGGGUCGGACGGUAUGCCCUUCCGGAGUAUUGCCGAGUGGUUGGAGUCCAUCAAGAUGCAGCAAUAUACGGAGUGUUUUAUGGCUUCGGCGUUCAACACCAUGGACAAGGUCAUCCUGAUGAGCCAAGAGGACAUCAAGCAGCUUGGCGUCCGCCUCCCGGGUCACCAGAAGAGGGUCGCCUUCAGCAUCAUGGGACUGAAAGAACAGGCCAACCAAAUGGGGAUCCCCAUCUGACGGGCAGCCAAUGCCGUCCCGACGCCGAAAUGCAGACUUUUCGCUAAACUGCGACCCAAGCUGGAGAUCGGACGCUUGUCCCUGCGCACCGGACUCUUCCUCCUCCUCCAGUCCAUGUGGGGAGGUCCUCGCUCCUGCGUGGGGGAGGUCCUCGUUCCACGUUGGAAAUCCUCGCUCCUGCGUGGGGGGAGGUCCUCGCUCCUGCGUGGGAGGAGCCGCCUCCGAUUGGCCGCACAGACGUGCGAUCUCCGCUCUCCCGCUGCAAGGACUUUAGUGUGGUGGUUCUGCCCUCAGCGAUAUGCAAUACUACCCCCCACACACACGGGUACUGUGGAUUAUCGGACGAUCGUGGAGUCGCCGCCGCCGCCACCGUGGUGAUGCAGGAGAGACGCUUGUACGAAAACGGACAAAGAGCGCCUCUAAACCGGCGGUGGCGGCUCAGCGUGCUGCGGCAUGCAGUGAACUUUGCUGGACUCCAGAGCACUUUUUUUUUUUAAAUGUUCUUAUAUAUUUUGUUUUAAAAAUAGUGAUGGUCCGCUACCGGGCGAUUUACCCCCCCCCCCCCCCUCCUGGCUCAGAGCCGCCACAGACGCAAACCAUCUGGCCAGUUAAAAAAAAAAAAGACACAUCAGGGCAUUCCUGGCAAAUUACAAGGUUGGCAUCGGGUUUGCGUCUUUUUUUCUGUGGUUUUUUAGAAGAAGAAAAAGAUAUAAAAGCCUUUUUCGUGUGGCGACUUUUUUUUUAUCCUUUUUGGAAUGUGGACUGGUACCCGCUGAGAGCCGCAGUUCAAAAAAAAAAAGUGACCUUCACUGCCAGCCUGCCGUGUCUGGUGUGCCAUCGGGAUCCACGUCUUAUUUAUUUUUUUACAUAGAAACUGGAAAGUGAAGAACUGGGACCCCCCCCCCC